AUGGACCCACCGCCGGGGGUCCCGCCGGAUAACACUACACCCACAUCGUUGGCGAUACUUCGUGCGGGUGGACGCGUAUUUGACGCUGUACGAAUAUCUAAGGCCAAGAUGGCGAAGUUAUUCUUCGUGGCCACGCUGAUCGCUCUCGGGGCUCCGGUGUACUUCAUCUUCCUGAAGAGUCCACCACCACUGCCAGAGGUCGACCUCAACGAGUGGUGGGGCCCGGAGCAGCUGAAGACGAAACAGGACACGAGCGUGAGACCGUUCAAACUGAAGUUCGAUAAAGUGAUGAUAAAAGACCUCAAAGAGCGUCUGAAAGCACACCGGCCAUUCGUACCACCCUUAGAGGGCGUAGCCUUCGAAUACGGCUUCAAUAGCAAACAAAUGAGCAACUGGAUAAAUUACUGGGCCGAGGAGUAUCCCUUCGAGGAGCGCGAGAAGGUAUUCAACAAAUAUCCGCAGUUCAAGACAAACAUACAGGGCCUUGAUGUCCACUUCAUCAGGGUCAAACCCGAGGUCCCAGCGGGUGUUGAAACCGUACCGUUACUUCUGCUCCACGGCUGGCCGGGAUCUGUUCGGGAGUUUGAUGCCGCGAUUCCUCUCUUAACAGCUGUGAGCAAAGACAGAGACUUUGCGCUGGAAGUUAUCGUGCCCAGCCUCCCGGGCUACGGAUACUCCGAAGCCUCCGUGCGACCAGGUCUAGGUGUUGACAAAAUGGCUGUCAUGUUCAGAAAUCUGAUGAACAGACUCGGAUUCAAGAAGUACUACAUUCAGGGAGGUGAUUGGGGUGCAGUUAUUACCAGUAACAUGGCCACAAUGUUCCCCGAGGAGAUUCUUGGCUACCACUCGAAUAUGGCAGCUUCGUUGACGGGGAGGACCACACUCAUAAAUGUAUUAGGGUCUGUCUACCCUCCUUUGGUGGUUAAGGCCGAAUUGGCCGAUCGCUUAUACCCACUCAGCAAACACUUCGGAUACCUUCUCGAGGAGACGGGAUAUCUACAUAUACAGUCCUCCAAGCCCGAUACAAUCGGCGUGGCUCUAUCAGACUCGCCGUCUGGACUCCUCGCGUAUAUCCUGGAGAAAUUCUCGACUUGGACAAAGCCAGAAUACAAGCUGAAGGCGGACGGUGGUUUGAGCUCCAGCUUCACCCGCGAGCAGCUAAUAGACAACCUGAUGAUGUACUGGGCCACGAACUCCAUCACCACUUCAAUGCGACUUUACUCGGAGACAUUUAACAAGAGAUACAUGAGCUUAAAGAUGGACGACAUACCGACAACCGUGCCCGCGUGGUUCAUCCAGGCUAAAAACGAGCUGGUCUACCACCCGGGCUGGAUCAUGAGGUUCAAGUACAAGAACCUGAUAAACGAGACAGUGCUCGAAAACGGCGGCCACUUCCUCGCCAUGGAACUGCCCCAAGUCUUCACAGAGGACGUCCUGAAGGCAAUCGCCGCGUUCCGUGAUUGGCACAAACAGAACAAAGUGAAGACUGAACUG